AUGGAGGAGAGGACUGAGAAUUCGCUGGCUUUCCCUGUCAGGGUCUUCAGUCUGCAGGAGGAGAUGAGAGCUGAAGCGCACAUGGAUACACAUGAAGAGGUGAUACUAGAGGGGGACCAGGGUCCGGGAGAGGUGAGCAGAGGGCAGCAUGUGAGUGUAUUAGGACAGAAAAGCGACCAGGAGCUCACUCUUCUUCUCACCACUGGACUAGAGGUUCAGCAGGUAACUGUGCAGGAUGCCAACAGAACAUUGGUUUUCCAGUUUACCGUUUCAGAGGAGAUGGACUGCUGCCAGGUCGGAGGUCAGUCCUUCUUGGUCACCAACAGCAACUUGAGCCUUCUGUUGCAGUUCAAAACUCCAACUGAUAUGAAGAACUUCCAGAGGUUAUUGAAAACAAGGGCUGAUAAAGAGAAUAGGAAAGGUUGGAUUGAAGUACAUGAGAAAGGAAACGAGGAUGCAGAGAGAGGGCCGGCAAUGUUUGAAAAAAGGAAUAAAAAGAACCCUGCACAGUGCUACCAGUUCCACAGCUGUCUGACCCAGCAGCGCAGUCUGCUUCAGGACUACUUGAGGAAUGCCACCUAUCAGAAAGCCAUUUUAGUCAAUGAGGCUGACUUCAGAGACAAGGUGGUUCUGGAUGUGGGCUGUGGUUCUGGUAUUCUGUCUUUUUUUGCAGUGCAGGCAGGGGCUUCCAAAGUGUAUGCUGUAGAGGCCAGCCCCAUGGCCAAGUAUACACAGAUCCUGGUCCAGAGUAACCAGCUCUCUGAGCAGAUCAGGAUCUUAGAGGGGGAGGUGGAGCAAGUCAGUAUUCCUGACAUGGUGGAUGUCAUCGUCUCUGAGCCAAUGGGCUAUCUGCUAGUUAAUGAGCGGCUCAUGGAGAGCUUCUUGUUUGCCAGGAGAUGGCUGAAACCCAAUGGUCUGAUGUUUCCCUCCUACGGAGACAUUCAUGUGGCUCCUUUCAGUGAUGAGCAGCUGUACUUUGAAUACUACGCACGGGCCAGUUUCUGGCAUCAGAGGAGCUUCUAUGGUGUGAACCUGAGUGCUCUUCACAGUGCUGCAGUGGAAGAAUUUUUCAGGCAGCCUAUAGUGGAUGCAUUUGAUGUUCAGGUCCUCAUGGCCAGUUCUGUCAAGCACUGUAUCAAUUUCAUGGAGGCUAAAGAAGAGGAUUUACUCAGAAUAGAGAUUCCCUUUGUGUUCACCCUGCUCCAGUCUGGUCUGGUACAUGGACUUGCCUUUUGGUUCGAUGUGGCAUAUCUGGGGUCCAAGUCCACAGUAUGGCUCUCUACUGCCCCCACAGAGCCUCUGACCCGCUGGUCCCAGGUCAGGUGUCUACUUCAGACACCACUCUUUGCCAAGCUUGGACAGACUUUGUCUGGAACAGUCCAGCUGGCUGCUAACAAUAGACAAAGCUAUGACAUCCACAUCACAGCUACAGUGGACCAAUCAGGCUUCAGAUCUGGGAACAUCCUGGAUCUCAAGAAUCCUUACUUCAGAAGUUUCCCAAGCUGAAAUCUUCAAAAUUCAUUUUGCUCAACUAACAGGCUGAAAUUAAACAUGGUUAAGAUGGUCAAAGUGAAAAGCAGUUCAUAAUAAAAAAUCUGAUGCCAUAAAAGACUUUUCAUCAAAAAUUAGUUAAUUUUCUGUCACUC